AGGAAGAAGAUGUUACACAGGUUGGCUCACAACUUGAAGCCAAAGACAAAGAGAAAUGGAUCACCUGGAGACUCACCAUUGUCAGGCUCACCAAUAUCAAACUCGGCAGCUUCUACACCUUUAGGCAACCCUUUUGAUCAGGGCGCAGACUAUGACCAUGACGUCAAUGUGUUGCUGGUCGGUCUGCCCGAGGCAGGCAAGACAACAUUCCAACGACAGUUGGAUCUGCUGUACGGCAUCAAACUGCUCGACCCAAAGUACUUUCAACGAUUGAUCUACGGCAAUACGAUAGCCACUCUGGUGCGAUUGAUAGAGAAUGCCGAUCGACUUGGCAUCACGUUCUCUGGCGAGAAUGCUGAACGAUUGAAGCGCGUGCUUGCUACGCCCAUCGAGCUGGCUCAGAGUCGUCUACCACGCUUCCCACUACGUCUUGGCUACGACUGCAAGUGUCUCUGGGAGGAUCAAGGCAUGCAGAAGAUGUUUGAAUACGCUUCAUGUUGUCCACAGUUCAGGACACCUGGAAGAACAAAGUUUUACAUGGACAACAUGUUUAGAGUGUUCAGCCCAGAGUUCACACCGACGACCCUUGACAUUAUAAGUGCAUAUGAGCAGGUGGACUUCCCUGAGGAGUCGACUUUGACGCACCGACGCGUCAAGAUGGAGCUGGUGUGCGCGCCAACCAAAUAUGUGUUGUUACGCGACUGGAACUCGAUAGCAGCAUACAUGCCGAACUACGUGUUCUACGUGGUGCCCGUCAGAGAGUACUACCCAUCGGACAGCAUAUCGGUGGAGUUUAGCGCACAGAACUGCUCGCAACAUAAACACAACAACGGUCUGCUGGACGCGCUGUCCAGCCUCGAGUCAAUGGCCAACAACAUCGACCGCUCUGUCACCAUAUAUCUCCUGUUCAACAUCUGCGACUCAUUCCCACGCAAGCUCAGCCUCUUUGACCUGAGUCUCUGCUUCCCCGACUACACCGAUGGCGACGACCAAGACAAGGCACUCAACUUCAUCAUCCAGAAAUUCACCAAGCCUUUGAUCGAAAGGAGAAGACAUCAUAGGACAUUCACAAUCAAUCUACUUGAUCGAGAUAAUACACAGAGUCAGUUUGAGAAUAUUGUUGAUUGUAUUGUGGCCGACACACAGCUGGACGACCAGGCGUUGUUUACCGCGCCAGCAGAGGUGCAACCAGCACCAACCACAGUGCCCGCGGCCAAUGUUAGUAGUGGCGAUGGCAGCACUGGUACACCGUCCGAGGCACCUGUGAUGCCCCCGGUCGACCUAAACAGAAUACACAUUGAGAUCACUCAUGUCGGUGGCAAUGGAGAUUCGAAUGCUGGAAGUACCACUCCAUCGGUCAGUGGGGAGAGUCCUAGACUGUCAUCAGUGGAUAGCCCGCGAUUGGGCGACUCAGAGUCAAAGGAUAGUCCGAGGAACACUAGUGACACCGAGUCAAUGACGAACCCAGCACACCUGGCCUCUGGCCUAUCGAGUAGCACCGAUCCCAGCAGUUACUACGCCCAAGCGGACAAGGCCGCCAAUCCCGAUAGACCCAGGUCACUACCCACGACUGCGCCAGUCAAGACCAAGAAGGAACUGGCACAGGAGAAGAAGGCUGAGAAACUGGCCGAGAAGCAGGCCAUGAAGGCUGAGAAGCAAGCCAUGAAGGCUGAGAAGGAGCACGCCAAGCAAUGUGAGAAGGAAAGACUGCGACAAGAGAAGGAACGCGAGCGCGAGCUGCAGAAGGAGAAGGAGCGCGAGAAGGAGUUGCAAAAAGAGAAGGAAAGAGAGCAGAGGGAGCAGAAGAGCAAGACCGUCUCAAAGGCAUCGGCCAAGAAGAAGGGCAAGGGCCUUCACAGCUUGCAAUCAGGUGUACAUUCGAUACAGGGUCGCAGGAAGAACAUGGAGGACUCACACGUCAUCAUCGAUUCAAUGGACAGCUCGUUGGUCCCAGAGAACAGCAUGGCUGCCAUGGCCCAAACCGAUGGCGGCGGUGUCUGUUCCUACUUUGCCGUCUACGAUGGUCACAGUGGAGUGGAGACAGCACAUGCCCUCGAGCCACUAGUCCACAAGUGUAUAGUUGAAACAAGUGCCUUCAAAGAUGGCAACUACGAGCAAUCGUUAAAGGAUGGCUUUGACGCUGCUGAUAAACAUGUGAUCAAGCUAUGUGAGAAGAGUGGAUCGACUGCCAUGGUGUGCAUGAUCAUAGGUUCACAGUUGUUCACUGCCAAUGUUGGAGACUCUGAGUGUGUACUCGGUCAUCAGACUGAGGGCUCGUCUUCAAAGUCGCCAGUGUACGAGCCGCAACUACUGAGCUACAAGCAUUUGGCCAACGACGAUAAGGAGAAGUUGAGAAUCACUGAAAUGGGUGGAAUGAUCAUCUUUGGCCGUUUGUUUGGCUCGCUGGCCGUGUCUCGGUCGUUUGGCGAUCGAGAGUACAAGGAAGCCGAGAAGAAGUUUGUCACUUGCGAGCCGUUCACCAAGGUUGUGGACCUAACGCCUCUUGACCACUAUCUGGUGCUGGCGUGUGAUGGUCUGUGGGACAAGGUGACGUAUGACGAGGCAAUCAGCACGUGCCAACGACUGCACAAACAAGGCAAGACGUCGGACGAGAUCAGCGAGGCUCUAGUGCAAGAUGCCUACGAGAAAGGUUCCACUGACAACAUCACUGUCAUUGUUGUAAUACUAAAUUGGAAAUAA